UCUCUGUCUUGGAAUUUUACAUUUUGAUGAAGGAGGAAGCCCGUCGUCCAAUCCGAGCUGCAGAAGCAGGGAGAGACCAUCGGAGCGCAGACAGCAGGGUGGUUUGGAGUCAGCUCCUCAGACAGUGAUCAGGGCUCUCUGUACCAUCUCUGCCCCCCUCCCGUCAUCCCCUUAUCGGAGCGUAGCUUGUGGUAUGUCCCGCCAUGCUGGAUAAGAACCCCUCCUCCCUGUCUCCCUCUCUUCUGUCAGUGCUAGGGUGUAGCCGCUGAUUCCAUACUACAGCAGAGAGAGUGAAAGAGAGGUGGAGACAUCAGGUGGCGCGGCUCUGCAACCCCAGAUGAGGCUGCAUCACCACGACAACCAGGGGUGCUGUCAGCUCUUCACCUCACCAGCACCCGAGCAGCCGCCACGCCAGCUAGCCUGCAGUCUACCGCUCCACCCACCCAGCCAGCCAGCCAGCCAGGCAGCAAGGCCAGCAUGGUAACCUGCAGGAGUCAUCAGGAUGUGGCUCAGAUUGGAGGGCGAUGAAGAGGCAGAGCUGCCUCUGCACCCCUGGAGAGGAUGCAGCGAGGUGGAACCACUUGCCUGCUUCCCUGAUGGGGAAGGAAGGAGGAAAAAUGAAACCGUUUCUCCAUCAGACCCGGUGGGGCGGGACAGCUGGUGUUGUGAAUCAGGCCGCCAGAGUCCACGGACCGGCUACUUCCCAACACCAGGGUCUCACCGACACUGCUCACGUCUGUCUACAUGCACAGUCCUCGUAGGUGUGGAACACUUUCUUGUUGUCUUUGCAAUAACAAUUAAAAAAUGGGUCCAGAGUUCAAAAUAAAAGAUUGCAGUGUGAUAAGAGUUGAUAGUUGCAACUGUUUUUGUCUAAUAAACAUAAAAAAUUUUGGAAACUAUUUUGUAUUUUUAUUUUUGCAACUUUCCAAAAUACUAACAUGUCACAUGUGGAUUAAAUUAAAUGAAAUUCCCAGAUAAUGUUGGGAGAAAAGACCAAUCAAGUGAAUUUUAAACAUUUCAGAGGACCAAUGACUCCCCACCAGCAGCCCUGCAGUCACGUUCUCAAAAACGAUGGAAAAUAAUGAACAAAAUACCACAUUUUGAUACUUCAAACUGAAAUGCUGCACUUGUCAAACUGGUAAAACAAUAAAACAUGUACAUUUUUCCUGUUCUAUCGUCCUGACAACAUCCAUCACGUUCAGCAGAAUUUACAGAGGCACAUUAAGCUCAUCGUUUCCUCCGGAGGCAGGGCAUAUAUCCUGUAGACAUGUAGAGGAUGAGCCGGUUUAGAGCAGCUGCUCCCUCUAUAAUUAUGUUUUCGUUCAAUAAACCUUUAUUUACAAGAUGUUUACAGAACAGUUACAUAUCAUUAAUGUAGAAUAGUUUCAUUUACUUUGUGUUUUUGCUAGUUUCUUCAUACUAGCUUCAGAUAUUAAUAUUAGGGCCUCUAGGCAAUAUAGCUGCAGUCAUGAAAAGAUUAUGAAGCAGCAGUUCUUAUUCAUGGCUAGGAUAACAUUUUAUAACCAGUUUGUCUCGUUUGCUUAUUUAGUGGUUGUCAUAGUGAACCUCUUUUUCUUUAUUUCUUUAUUUUGUCACGUUUUAUGUCCUAUUGUAAUAUCUGCUUCCCUCAAAGUGGCGAUCUUGUGACAAAAAUGUUUAUUUUUUGCCCUUAAUGUCCCAUUUUGGUUGAUUCCAUUGUUAAUUUUUUUUGUCUCAGUUUAAAUAAAUAAUCUUGUCUGAAUAACUAAGAUGUGAAAUGUGUGAUUAUUAGAGAUUACAGAGAAGGAACGAGUAUAUUAAUUUUCACUGGAAAUAUAGGCCUACCUGGUGGGAGUCGUUACGCAUGCGCAGUGCUUCCCCAACGCACCUUGCGUGACUAAUUGAGAGUGGAAGGAAGAGAGACAGGUCCAGUGAAGAGCGUUGACGAAGUUUCUCAUUUGCGAAAACGUCCUAAUAACCGUUUUAAAGCAAACCAGCUCGCAUUAACUUACGUUUGAUAAUCGGUCUUUUAAAUGUCAGCAUGUUUCCAACGUCUGGGAGGGUGAAACUCAACCGAGUGGCGCUGGCCGACGUUGGGCUAAAAGGAGCUCCGCGGAGGCGAAGACCCCCGAAGCCGGAGACUAACGUUUCUACGGACUCCACCGAAAAACAAGGGAAAAUUGAUUUCGGUCUGAUAUCCGAGGAGGACGCCGCCUUAACGAGGACAACUGGUUACGCCGCUCAUGGACGGCUUGGGGAACGUGGUGUGGUUGCAUUCAAGGAGCCAGAAGUGAAGCAUAAACAAAGAGUGCCGAACACCAGAGGCAAGUAUCACCAGAGUAAAGCGAACUCUAGCAGCUCGUUCAGCGUGGAGGAGAACCGAAGGAAGCGGGUGAGGCUCGGGUGGAGUUUUCCUUGUGUUGCUUGCACUGGGUCAGAGCAGUUUGAGGCCCGCCACAGCAAGGGGAAGGCUAGGCUCGACGCCCAUGGAGAGGCUCAAAGAAAGACCGCAAAAAGACCGUUUAGAGCAGAGAAAGCUAAGUCUAGCUGCGCCAUAGGAAGAGUCGGCGCAAGAGAUGGACAGACAUCAAUGAAGGCUCCAGGUAGUGUCAACCAGCCUGGCCCGGGAACACUGUCGGUAUCCAGCCCGACCUCAAAGAUUAAUAGAAAAAAUCCCAGAGAACCUGAUGGUUCAUCAGAGUGUUCAGGGUCCCCUGGAGGAUCCUUCUGUGGAGAGCGCAAAAGCAUUUCCCCCCAGUGGAAGAGCUUGGUUCAUCAAGAGCCUCAGAGCUCCAGCCCAGGGUCAGAGCCAGCCGUGGCCAAGGUCAGCCAGAGAAACUUAACCACAGAGAAGCCUGCUGUGUGGGAGCGCCAGUAUCCUAAAGUAACGCUUUGUGACGUCGCUGAAAAGUGUCAUGCGUGUAGUCAUAACUGUGGCUACACGUUACCAGAUGUUCUGAAGACCCGCGUGGUGCAUUGCUUCAAACAAGAUAUGAAAGCUGAGUUUUGUAUUUGGCCCGCUUGUUCAAGGCAGAAGAACGAAAUUGAGGGAAGCGCUCUAAAUCACAAUAACAAAAGCAGUCCCAGUAUUCCAGCUCAGAAGGUCAUUAAUCAGCUACAAAGUCCACCAGAACACAAACACUUGGAAGGAGACACAGAUUCACACAAGACACAAAGUUCUUCACAGUUUUUCCCCAAUUGCUUUACAGGGGAAGAACCUGCUGCUUGUUUUUUAUUAACGGGUAAACAGACCCAUGAAAACUCUGGUCCAGGAUCUGAUGUGAUGGAUGCCGACAGCCACAAAGACAAAAGAAUGAAGCUUGGGGAGAAUGGUGGCAGGAGCAGAACUUGUGACUCGCCGUUGACCGAAAACAUCAGGGAGGAUGCUUGUGGUCAGAGAGGGGAUCUCACUGAAACUUUCGUACCUUCAGAUGUUUCUUCUGAGAGCAGUGAGGACUCUGAUGACCCAGAGACAUUUAUCUGCCAGAGAGUAAAAGCUUACUUUAGAGAAAUGCGUUGCACAUGUGCACGCACAUACAUGUGCUGGCCUUUUUCAGGUGGUUCAGCAGGAUCUGCUGAGUCAGCGGGGACAGGGACUCCCAACCAGACCAGUUCAUCUACAAAACCAUCCAUGGACAAGUCCUCACAUACGCUCCUGGAGCAGCAGAUGGAUUUCACAGGACAAAACAGGACAAGAUGCACUAAUCUCCCAUCACACAUGGACAACACUAACAUGAAGAGGACAGUGUCCUCUGGGCAUUCUGAAGGAUGUUCCUCUAGUCUUCCAUUGGAAACUGUUUUACUUUCCAGCUCAAACCUUUCGGAAAAAGAUCCAGGUGACACAACGCCCAGGUCACCUUUUCUCAUGAACGGACCUGGAACAGACGGCUCCACACCUACGCCGUCCUCCUUGGAACUCAGCCAGAGAGACAUGAAAGCUACCAGCUCUCUGUCUCCUUCAUCAGGUUCAUCCAUGCAGGAUGCUUCAGGUAGCCUCUCCGGCACUCCCAGGUUCCCCAGUCCUCCAUCGGGUCUAUCGGAGAAGGUCCAGGAUGCUGAGCUGCCAAUAGGGAGACUGUUCUUGUGUUGUGGAAACACUCAGCCAGCUGCAUCUGAUUUUUCAUCUUCAGCAUCUUCAGCUAACUCCUGUCAUUUAAGCAUGUCUCCCUCCUUUCUCCAAGGGAAACAGGAGAGUAGUAAAUUACUCACAGACCUCAGUCCACCUGAGCUGGAAAAAUGUCCAUGUCCCUUUGAUGUUGGUGAACACUAUGAGGACUUGAAUGAGUGUAGAUUCGCUCCUGUGCUGUCUCCUGUCCUGUCUCCAGAAGGACCCAGGUGGAGGACAAGCAUCUUCUUCCAAAGCUCGAGCAGUUCAGAAAACGAGGAGCAGAAGGUGAUGGGAAAAGAUACAGACAGAACCAAAACAUCACCCGAUCAACACAUGGCACCAGGAGUUAGCAGUAGCAGAGAGAAUAACUAUGGGGAUGUCUAUGGAGACAGUACACCUCAGUCUUCCUCAAACAGUGAAGAUGUGGGUGACCUGACUGAAAAGGAAUGUCCAAAUGAAUCGGAACAAGAUUCCCUGGAUCUCUGUGUUCCCGCUGAAGCCCACUGUCCUCCCAGCAGUAAUGGUGACCGUAGAGCCUUCAGCCAUGAAGAACAGUCAUCUGAUGUAGGAGGAGGAUCAGGCUCAAAAGGUCGUCAACCCAAAGCUGGAUCGGCUGAUCACCCUCAGCCUACCGUUAUGGAUGAGUUCACAGCGUAUGAGCAGGACAUCCUGCUGUUGAAUGCCCCAGAGGACAACCCAGAGCUGUUUGAGAACCUGCCCAAAGAGAGCCUGCUGAACCUGGGUCCUGCCAGACCACUUGGUGCUCCUCUGAAGAACCCCACAGCAUCCUUACAGUCUGAACAAAGAGCAAUGCCGGUUAUUAAAAACAUUCUCAGUGAUGUUCCUGAUGGAAAAGAGGAGAGUGACAGCCGGCCGUGGAGACGUCGAUGCUGCCUCACCACCCCUACUCAAACACAAAACACGUGCCCUGCUGCUUCCAAGCAAACCAGACGUGUGGACUGGUCUGGGGUCGACAUGAAUAAUGUAGACUGUGGCCUGGGAAGUAGCAGGGUUCACUCCAUCCAGACUGGGAGCAUCUCCAACAUCCCCCCACCUCUGUCUGCAGGAAAUGGGCCCUGGAUCAGAAACGCUGCAACUGGGAUGGACUUAAAGCACCAGAAAUUUAAGUACUGCAGAAAAUACUUCAGUGAAUCAUCGACCUGUGUGUUCAAGACGUGUCGCUUCCAGCAUCUACCAGUGGAGGGGGAUGAGAAGUUCUGUGUUGAGAUUGUGGCCAGAUUCACCAGAAACCCGGUGUGCCUGCAGAAAGCUGUAGCCGUGUUUACAGGAUACUACCAGAACAGCCCACCAGGAGAGUAUUUCUCCAUGCCACUUCUUCUGUCUCUCCUGUGGGCUCUGCUCAAAGCUAGCUCGGUGUCUGAUGUCUUCUCGGUCCUCACUGUCAGCUUGGCCUACAACGUGGUGCCUGGCCAUGAAUUCCUGUUAGCUCUGUUUAAAUUUGUGAGAGAGAACGGCCUCACACGCCUCAUACCCAAACUAAUGCAGCUCACAGUCAAGAUGGCCGACGUUGGUUUACUGCUGAACUUGGAUUACCUUGACUGCAUAAAAAACACUCCCAUGUUUCAGCAGAUGGUUCAUCCAAGCUCGCCUGUUGCUGUUUCUGCCAACCACAACACACCCACGCCAGAGUACCUGAAGCUGGCCCACGCUGUUGUUGAGAUGGAGCUCUGUAUCCAGCUAGAGGACUGGAAGCAGAUGGGAGAGGUUUUUAAGGUCAUCUGUCGGUGCUACCAACACCCAAACCAGGUGGAGCGCAUCAGUGGUCACAUCGCCAUCGCUCUCCUGUCUGAGAGCAAAGACAGGGUGUCUCUGCCCUUUGCUGCUUUUAUGGAGAUGGUGUGUCAGAACGAAGAUGCUGACAGCCCACUCAAGAGUUUUGUAGGCAGAAUUGGAGUGUCUCUGAUGCUGCGAUACUACAAAACCCACCAGUGGUGUAAGGGCAGCAGGGUGGUGGAGCUGAUGUCCGUGUCAAAAGUCGGCUACACAACACUGAAGGGUUUGUUUGGGAACGAGGAUGGAGCAUCACGCUGCUGCCUGGUCACCGUGGCAACAGAGCUCUUCCUCAUGAGUGGAAGUGUGGAGGGAGCGCUAAAGACACUGCGAGAAAACAGCUGGUUCCUGAGCUCCAGCAUGUGGCCAUGUGAGCCUACAGACCUGGAGAGUAGAACUCGUGUUCUGAUCCGACUCUCUGAGAAAACGUCUCACAGAGACACCAUGGAGGUGCUCUGCAACCUCCCUGGAAUUAACGACCCAGACUACCUAAUUGACAUCUCCAGGUACGGUCCGCUCUUUAACUCUCAUCUGCACGUGUGUGUGGAGAAACGGAUACUUCCUGUAGCUUCAGACACGGUGGACUUCAUGCUAUGUAAAAACCUGCCUGUAGAACACUCACUGCUGCGGACACUUGUGCAUAAACUGGGCACACAGAACCUCUGGCUGCGGGCACGGGGAAUCUUCAAACGAUCUCUGAGCUCGGGCUACCACCCUGAGGUAUCUGCUCCUCCUGGGACCAUGGCCCUAACGGUCCCCUGUCAGCUCGGGGAGGUGGAGCUGGCUCUGAGUCUCGAGAUGUUCAUCACUGUCAAUGCAGCAGCCAUCCUUCCUCUCCCAGAAGACACCACACUUUCUCUCAGUAUCACUCUCAAGAGGACUCAGAGCAGUGAGAGUGAGUACAUCUCUGCAGGCAGUCGCGUUCUCUCUGCAGCCAGGAUCCCUCAACCCAAGCUCAUGGUCCAUUACACAUCAGUCAACUCAUCGCAGGAGCAGGUGUUCAGGCUCGAAGUUUCCUCUGCGUGUCGCUGGCUGCACCACAACCAUUUAUGGGCCAGUGAGAUGUGGACACACUAAAUUAUACAGAAAUUGUAUGUGUGAUUAUUUUGUUUAUAUAUUAUAUAGAUGUAUACACAGUAAAUUCAAUUAAACACAUCACUUAGGAUCCUCCAGAGACAAGAUUUCACAGAACUCAGUUGUUUCAGUUGAUAAAUACACAAAGAUCAAAACCACACACAGAAUUGGCUCCUGCUUUGAUUCAUUUAAUUUUCAAGAGUUUGCAAUGUUUUAAAUGAGCAACAAAGGUUUUAGCUGAUCUCGGUCACCAGAGGGCGACACUGGGCUGCAGUAACCGAGGCGAGACCAGUUCAAAUAGGAUGAAGUGAUUUUGUGAUUGCAGUAAAGAAUUUCAUUUAUCUUCACUUGAGUACAACUCCUCUACAUCCAGUGAUGCUACUGGAGACCAGUAGCAAUUCUCCUGGAGUUUCUGUAAUAACAGAAUUAUUCAGGGAUAAACUAGGGCUCAUAUAGCACUUCUAUUAUGCAGAACAAAGAGGCCGUUUGUAGAGUCUGUCUCAUGGUAAUCUCAGUUCCUCUGGCCUGUGUGCUCCUGGAGCUGCUGCUGGGCGUCAUGUGGAACUAAACCCAGCCUCGCAUCAACCACAUCCACUGCUGCCGGGACUCGACAGCUGUGUGAGUGGCGAAAGGGAAUCUAUCAGGCUUAUAUCUCUGAACUCCAGAGGUAAACCUAAUAAUGUUUGUAUAUCUGUGCCAAAACAAGUUAAAUGUCUCAUGUGAUCUCACUUGGACUAAAAAAUAACCCUGACUUUGUACUGUUUGUUACAAAAAUUGUUUUCUGGUUCACAAAUGUUUAUUCUUCUGCUAGUUUUUAAUCUUUAAAGUAAAAGUUGUGAAAAAAUGAAA